GAAAUUUGGAGCAGUAUGACACAGCUGUAACUAAGUGCGAGAUACACAUGGAUGCCAUAAAUAAAGAGAGAAAAGAGUCAGAAUUGGAAGAAAAGAGACAGAAUAGAAGGCUAGAAAAGAAGCAGAAAAGAUUUGAUGCCAAAGAGAAAGGAAAGAAAGGGAAGAGAGAUGGUAAUGAGAAGAAAAAGUCCUCACCUAAAGAAAGGGCAGACAAAUCUUCACACAGAGAUAAGGCAGACAGAACAGAAAACAGGAAAAGAAAGUCAGAAGAGGAGCAACCUGAUUUCAAAGUACCUGCAGUACCAAGUUCAAAGGGACCACCCCCUCCUGGGUUCAAGGAACCACCUCCACCUGAGUCCAAGGGACCCCCACCACCUGGGUAUAAAGGGCCCCCUCCAGGGUAUAAAGGAGAAGAGCAUGCGGCAAAGAAACCCAAAUUAGAGGAGGAAACACCCAACAGUGGAGGCCAGGGGGAUGUUUCAAACACUCAAGGAGAUUUUGUUGAGAAAGCCGAGCAAGAUCCAAAUAAAUCCAGACGUACAGCUUUCGUCAGUAAUCUGGACUACUCCAUAGAUGAGGAUAGGAUCGGUCAACUUUUUGCCAAGUGUGGGGAAAUGACAGAUAUUCGACUUGUGAAAACUAUUAGAGGAAAAUCUAAAGGAUAUGCUUAUGUAGAAUUCAAAGAUGAGCUGGGUAUGUUAGAAGCAUUAAAGCUGGACAGGACACCUGUUGAGGGUAGACCAGUCUUUGUGUCUAAAUGUGAAGACAGAAGUCAAAAGAAGGCUCAGUUUAAGUUUUCUACUGAAAUGGAGAAGAACAAGCUUUUUGUGAAGAAUCUUCCUUUUACUUGCACCAAGGAGGCUUUGGUCCAGAUCUUCAGUGAGCAUGGCCCUGUACGAGAGGUCAGAAUGGUGACAUACAGAAGUGGGGCUCCCAAGGGGUUAGCCUAUGUGGAGUUUGAAGAUGAGCAAGAUGCAGCCAAAGCGGUGGUGAAGACAGACGGACUGAAGAUUGGUGACCAUGAGAUUGAGGUCGCCAUCAGUAACCCCCCACAGAGAGGCACCCCACUCAGCAGCAGGGAUGAGACGACCUUCACCCCAACACUGGGAGGGGGAAAGAAAGAGACAGAAAUGAGAGGAAAAGCCCGCACACAGCUGUCCUUAGUGCCAAGGUCAAUCCAGAGGACACCAGCUACAGCAAAGAACCCUAAACCCCCACCUUCACAAAACACAGAGUCUAAUGGACAGCCAGCAGCCAAUCCAACAGCAACAAAAAUGAGCAACGAUGAUUUUAGAAAAAUGCUGCUGAAAAAAUGAUUUAUAAUUUUUUUAGUGAAUGAACUUAGUUGUUUGUUAUGUAUUUGUUUUUGGUAAGUUAAAUAAAAGUACAAAGUGAAUUGA